GUCGAACUUCAGGCAGCUCGCUGGGAUCUCAGCCAGUCACAGCAGCGGGAAGUGGUGCAGAGCCAACAUCAAGAAAGGGCCAAAGAGCUCAGCGACAGUCGGAUUCUUGAGCUAGAGAAUCUGUUGAGCAAAGCAAACAGCCAGCUCGCUUUGCUAAGACGGGACACCUCAAGGUUUGCCAGCACCGCGACCGCCCGUGAGACGAGCCUUCAGGAUCAGAUUGAUGAGCUCACGGAGGAGAGGAAGCAAAAUCGACACGACAUGAGCGAAGUACGCCUGGAACUGUUGGGGUUAAAGAAGAAGCAAGCGAUGGAAGCCAUCGACCAAGCGAAGUCUCCUUCUGAGUCCCGUCAGGGAGCGGGAGGAGGAGGAGGUGGCAGAUCACGAGGUAGGGGACGAGGGCGUGGAGCAGGUAGGGGUAUGCUGGCGAUGAUCGAAGAGGAGGAAGAAGAAGGCUCUGUGGGGCUGCCAGCGCGUGCAGAGUCCUUGGCCAGCGAGUGCAGCAGCGACUGUGGAGAUCUGGACGACUUUACGAACCCGGAUCAAUCUUGCCAGAACGACCUGUUGAACAAGCUGUUGGCCGAGUUAUCUGCUGAGCGGAAGUCUCAGCAAGACCUGCGUGAUGACCAUGCUGGUCAGAAUGCAGAGCAAAAAGAAGAGAUUGCCCAGCUGCAGAAGCAACUGGCGGCUGCAGGACUUCUGCAGGAAACAACUUCAGCAGAGAAUCGACGCUUGCAGAACCUCGGGAAGCAGGACAAGAUCAAGCAGCUGCAGCAGGUGGAUGACUUGCAAGUCAAAAUGCGCGGGCUGGAGGAGACGCUCUUUGUGGAGAUGAAGCAGCAGACGGACAAAGAGGAGGCCGACAAAAUCACGAACGUCGCCUUGCAGGAGAAAGUUCAGCUGCAAGCCGAGUCACUUCGAAUCUCCAACCGGCGCUUGCAAGAUGCCCUGCAGCAGCAUCAGACAGAGGCAAUACGUCAGCUGCAAGAAGUCAACUCCUUGAAGCUUCAGCUUGCGCUGUGCAAGCGGAGUCGUCGCAGUUCAGAUGAUGCGUGGGCUGGCGACGUGAAGGAUGCUGGCGACCCUGAGGCGGCUCUGUGCCAACGGGUGAAGGAGCUUGAGGAAGAGCGAAAUCUUCUGCUCAACAAGAUAGAGGUCCAGGAGGUGCAGCACCAGGUGCAGCUGGAGGACACAUACCGUGACCAUGCUUCCAGAUUGCAGGAGCAGCGAGUGAAGUUUGAAGAGCAGAUCGCAGAGAUUCGAUGCCGAUAUGAGCAGCUACUGAGGCAGAAGCCGGCUCAAGGCCAAGAGAGUCUGGUUAUCCUGCCAGACCAGGUGGACUUGUGGAGCAAGGCGCCCGGCUUGAUCACAGAGGAUUCAAGGGAUGGUGAUCAACCAGCUACCUCAGCAAACAGUGCUGUUGGCGUCGGUAGUGACGUCAGUAUCCCGGCAUCGCAGAGCACAGGUGGUUCCAUUGGCACGUCUGUUUCAGAGUACGUUCGCAGCAUGAUUUGGGCAAUCAUAGGCUUGAUGCCCAACGCCGCUGCGGCGCAGUGCACAUUUGAAGACCUGGUCAUCGAGAAGGCUACCGCCAGAGCAGGUGCCAUCUUCAGUGGGCUGGAGCUGAUUGGCACGUCUUUCUUUUCGCUGCUGCACGAGAAAGCUUAUGCAGCCGUGAUCAGGAGAAUGAUGCUGGUGAACCAGUCCAUGGCCGACAGCAGUCAAUCUGAGAUCCCGUCCUUCGUCGCUAAGACGCUUGGCAGAUUCUCCGUGCUUGGUUUUGCUGGUCAAGUGUUGGAUGUUGUCCUAUCAAUGGCUCACUUACCGGCUGACUCUCGAAGUGCUUCUGGACCUGCUGGUCGCCACAUCAUCCUGGUGAUCUCUGAGCAACAGCAGCAAAAGUGCUUGGGCGGAGUCUCUGUGGCUAGCAGCGAUAUCUGCCCCAGUGACAGCGUCAGUGUGGGCAAGCGCCGGCAGCAGUUCAUGAGCAGCGAUCUUCAAAGGACCAAACUUCGAGCUUCGUUCUUCGAGGCAGGUUCGCGGAUGUCCGCCGUCUCCAGCGGACAUUCUUCUCCGCGCAACUCGCUGGCUGGUGUAUAG